CCUCAGUAUUUAGACCAGGACCUGUAUGCUGUUAUUAAUGGUGGUGUCGAGGAAACCACAGAGCUUCUGAAGCAUCGAUUUGACCACAUUUUCUAUACGGGUAGUGCUGCUGUUGGAAAAAUUGUCAUGGCAGCUGCUGCCAAGCAUCUGACCACUGUGAUCCUUGAACUGGGAGGGAAAAGUCCAUGUUAUGUUGAUAAAGAUUGUGACCUAGAUGUUGUUUGCAGAUGCAUAACCUGGGGAAAACUGAUGAAUUGUGGUCAAACCUGCAUCGCCCCCGACUACGUUCUCUGUGACGUCUCCCUGCAGAAUCAAAUCAUGCAGAAGAUUAAGGAAACUGUGAAGGAAUUUUAUGGAGAAAAUGUAAAAGAAUCUCCUGAUUAUGAAAGGAUCAUCAAUCUUCGUCAUUUUAAGAGGGUACAAAGCUUGCUUGAAGGACAAAAGAUAGCUCUUGGUGGGGAGACUGAUGAGGGCACCUGCUACAUAGCCCCAAUGAUACUUACUGAUGUUGAUCCUAAGUCCAAGGUGAUGCAAGAAGAAAUUUUUGGACCAAUUCCUCCAAUAGUGCCUGUGAAAAAUUCAGAUGAAGCCAUAGACUUCAUAAAUGCACGUGAAAAGCCCCUGGCUCUCUACGUAUUCUCUAACAACAAUAAGCUCAUCAAACAGAUGAUUGACGAGACAUCAGGUGGUGUCACAGUCAAUGAUGUCAUCAUGCAUUUUACGCUCAAUGCAUUGCCCUUUGGUGGAGUGGGUUCCAGUGGGAUGGGAGCAUAUCAUGGAAAGUACAGUUUUGAUAUUUUUUCUCAUUAUCGUUCCUGUUUAUUAAAAAGUUUGAGGAGAGAAGGUGCCAAC